GCGGCCCGGGAGGGGCGGGGCGCGGAACCUGUAACCGACUGCGACACUAAUCGAGUCCGCGACUUCUACGGCCUCCUACUACAGAGGACGCCCGACCCGGCUUAUGCUCCACGGCAUCAGGGUUCACAUUCACAGACCGGAGUUUCUGCCUGCCUCCUUGGCCUUCCACCGCUCCCUCCGCGCCCUGAGGAGAUGCGGGACUUGCGCCUGGACUGAAACGGGCACAUCCCGGAGCUCCGGUACCGCUGUCCUUGGGGCGUCGCGGUUCUCAGAGCCCCGCUCCGCUCUAGGAUGGUGAGGCGCCAAUCGGCGCGGCCGCAGCUUUUCUGGGAGAAAUGAGUGCGGGCCCGGGCAGGCGGGACUCCUUGGAGCUUGCUGCGAGUGGCGAGGGGACUGUACGGCCGUUCCACGUCUCCCCCUGCAUCCGAGCGUGUUAGUGCGUAGUUGAGCUCGCGUGGCUGUCACUUGAUGCGGGACCCGGUUUGUGGAGCAGUCUAGCUUCCAGUGCAAGACUCUGAGGCCCCGCGCACCUCGGGCUUCGCAUCGGCUAGAGGGGCCCGGCUGCAGAAAAAAAAUCGCAAGGGGUAAGUUGGAGGUGGAACCCCAGAAUGAAGGUCCCCAGCGAAACGUCGGUACUUGUGCCUGGGGCGUGCCGCUAAGCCUGGAAGGACCUUUAGGACAGUUCCGGAGAAAAGGCGAAGGGUGGCCUUAAGGGUCGUCAGCUGCGGUGUCAGACUGCAGCGUACUCAGAGCUGUGAACCACGACAUUCUAAUCUUCCUCCAGUUUUCUCUGUGCGCAUACAUAUGGGAGUCAAGGACAGGGAUUGUUCUGGACGCUGGGUUCUGACCUGUCUUCAAAAAAAAAAGCCGGGUGUCGCAUGCCCUCCUUUUCCCUUGGCCUUGCCAUUCUCCAAGGAAGCCUUGUGAGGAGUAAAGAAGAAUCACUGCUGCACAUCUGAAAAUUAAAUUCAAGGCUUCUCAGAACUUUGCACCUUAAGGAAGACUGACCAGUUCUUGUGAUUCUAAAACCAUGGCCCAUGCAUUGGUGAUGUUCAGCGAUGUGGCUGUAGACUUCUCUCAGGAGGAAUGGGAGUGCCUGGACCCUGCUCAGAGGGAUUUGUACAGAGAUGUGAUGUUGGAGAAUUAUACCAACUUGGUCUCACUGGGAUAUUCUGCCUCGAAGCCAGAUGUGAUUACCUUACUGGAGCAAGGGAAAGAGCCCUGCAUGGUGGUGAAGGAUGUGACAGGAAGAUGGUGCCCAGGUUUGUUCUCCAGGCAUAAGACCAAGAAGUUAUCUCCAGAAAAAGACAUUUAUGAAAUCAGUUUAUCCAAAUGGGAGAAAACAGAAAUAAAUAAAACUCUUGGUAUUAAAGGAUCCAUUUUGAAAAAUGAGUGUCAGGGCAAAAGUGAGUUGGAGGGUCAAGAAGGACCUCAAGAGAGAGAUUCUAGUCGAAUGAAAAUCAUCUAUAAAAAAAUGCCAACAUAUAGAAAACACUCAGCUUUUACUCUGAAUCAUAGAAUUUAUGAUAGUGAGAACUCUUAUGAAUAUAGGGAAUGUAGGAGAACCUUUAGUUGUAGCUCAAACUUGGUUCAUCAUGAGAAAACUUAUUCUGAUGAGAAACAUUAUGAUUGUAAAGAAUGUGGGAGUACUUUUAAUAGUGUCUAUCACCUUACUCUACAUCAGAAAAUCCACACUGGUGAAAAACCCUAUGAAUGUAAGGAAUGCGGGAAGGUCUUUAGUCAUAACUAUGGACUUACUCUGCAUCAGAGAGUUCAUACUGGUGAGAAACGCUAUGAAUGUCAAGAAUGUGGGAAGGCCUUUAGACUUUAUCCACAACUUAAUCGGCAUCAGAGAAUUCAUACUGGUGAAAAACCCUAUAUGUGUAAGAAAUGUGAUAAAGGCUUUUUUAGUAGUUUAGAACUUUCUCAACAUGAGAGAAUUCACACUGGUGAGAAACCUUAUGAAUGUAAAGAAUGUGGAAAGGCUUUUCGACUUGGUUUUUACCUUACAGAACAUCAAAAAAUUCAUACAGGUGAGAAGCCUUAUGAAUGUAAGGAAUGUGGGAAAGCUUUUAGUGCAUGUGGACAACUUACCCGUCAUCAGAAAAUUCAUAAGGGUGGAAAGCCUUAUGAAUGUAAGGAAUGUGGGAAGGCCUUUAGACUUGGUUUUUACCUUACUGAACAUAGAAGAAUACAUGCAGGUAAGAAACCUUACGAAUGUAAGGAAUGUGGGAAAACCUUUAAUGUCCGUGGACAGCUUAAUCGGCAUAAAACAGUUCAUACUGGUAUAAAACCCUUUAAAUGUGAAGUAUGUGGGAAGGCUUUUAGUUACAGUGGUGACCUUAGAGUACAUCAUAGAAUUCAUACUGGUGAGAAGCCAUAUGAAUGUAAGGAAUGUGGGAAAGCCUUUAUGCUUCGUUCAGUCCUUACUGAACAUCAAAGAAUUCAUACUGGUGUAAAACCCUAUGAAUGUAAAGAAUGUGGGAAGACAUUUAGAAUGCGCUCUCAAGUUAGUCUACAUAAGAAAAUUCAUACUGAUGUGAAACCCUACAAAUGUAUAGAAUGUGGGAAGACCUUUAGAUUUGGUUUCUACCUUAGUGAACAUCAGAGAAUUCACACUGGUGAAAAACCCUAUGAGUGUAAAGAAUGUGGAAAGGCCUUUAUUCGUAGAGGAAAUCUUAAAGAACAUCUGAAAAUUCAUUCUGGUUUAAAACCCUAUGAAUGUAAAGAAUGUGGGAAGGCCUUUAGUUGGCGUGGACAGUUUACUCAACAUCAGAAAAUUCAUACAGGAGUAAAACCCUACAUAUGUAAGGAAUGUGGGAAGGCCUUUAGUCGUAGUGUAGACCUUAGAAUUCAUCAAAGAAUUCAUUCAGGUGAGAAACCUUAUGAGUGUAAAGAAUGUGGGAAGGCCUUUAGACGUAAUUCACACCUUACUGAACAUCAGAGAAUUCAUACUGGUGAGAAACCCUAUGAGUGCAGUGUAUGUAGGAAGCCCUUUAGACAACAUUCACAUCUUUAUCAACAUCAGAAAAUUCAUAAUGUAACUUAA